AUGACCUACUCGCCCGAGCGGUCUAAAUAUGAGGCGACAUCACCGUAUAUGUCGUCCAGCACCCCAGCCGACAAAGUCGACCCUGCAAAACACAGAGCCCACCCCGUAGCAGGAGCGGCAGGACAUGGGACACCAGCCGGCAACGACUUAAUAGCAGGCGACGAAAUAAUAUUCGGAGGGAAAAUCCAGAAACAAUCCGGUUUAGCAGCAGGAGGCACCGGCAGAACGACCGACGCCAAUCUCCCUUCCGACACUGACCUCGAAGACGAAGAGGCCGCAGAAGAGGCCGAAGAAAAGGCUGAGGCAGCAGCAUUUGGAGACAUCCCGAAUGCGCUGAAGACGGAGACCCAACUGACAGCCCAGAGAGAGUACGACGCAAAGACAAGCAAAAAGGCCAAGGCCAAGGACAAGAACAAGGUGGAGGAGGAGCCCGCGAAGCCGAGGAAGCUCACGCUCGCUGAGCUUCUGGAAAAACCGAUGGAUGCUAUGGAGUACGGCACCACCGCCCGCCCGCCCAUCAAGGGCCUCACCAACGUCAUUGCCGACCUGCCCGUUGAGCUGAUUGUUGACGGCAAGGAUGAGGGCGGUGUCCCCACGCUUUCCACGCCCGCAGGCCUCUUGCGCCGCCGCCGCUUUGUCUUUGUCGGCGACGUGCACGGCCAGCGCAAGCCGCUCGAGGAGCUGCUCGAUAAGAUCGAUUUUAAGGUUGGCAACGACCACCUCAUCCUUGUCGGUGACCUGAUCAACAAGGGACCCGACAGCGCCGGCGUUGUGCAGCUGGCCAUGGAGCUGGACGCCAGCGCUGUGCGCGGCAACCAUGAGGACCGUGUGCUCGUGGCCUACCAAUCGCUCCACGCGUCCGAUGCAUACCAACCGCCACUGGUCAAGCCAAAGAAGGCGCCUGCCGGGAUCGUCGACACCACUGAAACUGAGACCGUGAACGAGGGCGAGACCGAAGCGGAAGCCGAGCGGACGCGUCUUGUGGCUCUGGCCAGCAUUGAAGCCGAGGGAAAAAUCGAGCGCGCCGAAGCUGCUCUGCAACGGGAGAUGGACCUCAAAGAGGAGAAUGCCAAGAAGGGCAAGGGCAUUCUGGCACUCUUGGGCCUCAAGAAGAAUCACGAGAGCGAGGAGGACACUAUUGACCACGACAAGGCGGUCACCGAGCUCAACAUCGACCCACUCGAGCAGAACCCCUUUUCGCACGGUGACUCGGCCGAGCGCGCCACCGCCGCCACCCUGACGCACGAGCAGGCCCAAUGGCUCUCGGAGCGGCCCGUCAUCCUGCGACUCGGCUCCAUUGCGCCGUCCGCCGCCGUCUCCCUCUCGGCCGCCGCACAGCAGGCCAACGCGAAGUCGCCCUUUGCCAACAACGAAGUGGUCGUCGUCCACGCCGGGCUCGUGCCGGACGUGCCCCUCGAGCAGCAGGACCCCUAUGCCGUCAUGGUGAUGCGCAGCCUCGUGCACCCGGCCGACGAGGUGCGGCACGAGCGCGCCCACCUGAUCGCCGAGGCGCGGGUGCGCUCCAAGGCCCGCGGCCGCCUCAGGAACACCGACCACAUCAGCGUGCCCCACGGCCGCAUCGAGGCCGAGUACCACCGCCUGCAGAAGCUUGCGUACGGUGCCGACCCGCACCACCCCCGCCGGCCCAGCCCGGUCGGUAGCACACCGCGCCGCAGCUGUGCCGGCGACGGCCACCCCGAGCCGGCCGAUCUGGUCAUGCUGCCCAUUGAGGGCCACUUCCGCGAAGGCACGGAUCGCGUGCACUGGGCGGCGGUGUGGAACCAGGCGCAGCACGCCAUUGCGGACCCGGCGAACCGCACGACCGUCGUCUACGGCCACGACGCCAUCACGGGCCUGUUGCUGCCCGAGACCGUGCCUUCAGGCCUGUUCAGUCUCUUCAGCAGCAGCAGCAGCAGCAGUAGUGGCGCCAACAGUGGCAGCGUGAUUACCGAGGAGGACACGGGAUACACGUUUGGCCUGGACUCGGGCGCCGUCUACGGCGGCAAGCUGACGGCGCUGGUCGUGGAGGCAGACAAGGACGGCGUGGUCAAGCACCACAUCGAGCAGGUGCCAUGCCCAGCCAUUGCGCCCAAGAAGUAUGCCGAUUAG